AUGCGAGUGUCGGAUGAGGUAGUUUCCGGAGGACCGGACGACGUUCGGCGGCAUCAGACUUUCCUCCGCGUCUCUGAACGACGCGAAUGCCGAAAUCCCCUGCUGCUGCUCAAACGUUCAUCGCAGACGAAGUACGACUGGUCGAACAGGGCAAAGACGCGAGAAGUGAUGCGUCACGUCCGUAAGGCGCUAGAGUACACCGAUGAAGAGUACAAGAAUUCGCGCCUAACAGAUUUACUGAGCUCUCUGGAAUGGUUCGUAGCCGAGCGCGAGGUGGCUGGCGUGCGUGUGACGGUGUCUAAAACAGAAGCCUUUCUCUUAUACGGUGAAGAAGUCGAACAGGUUUAG